AUGGGGCUCACUCAAGGUGUUUUCUCUCUGACUUCUGAGCUCCUGGAAGGAGGGAAUCAGACUAGUACCUUUGAGCUCCUCCUCUGCGGACUCUCAGACCAGGCACAGCAGCAGCACAUCCUCUUCCUGUUGUUUCUGUGGAUGUACGCGGUCACUGUGGCUGGGAACCUGCUCAUUGUCCUGGCCAUUGGCACCGACACACACCUCCACACCCCCAUGUACUUCUUCCUUGCCAGCUUGUCGUGUACAGACAUCUUUUUCACCUCCACCACCGUGCCCAAGGCCCUGGUGAACAUCCAGACCCAGAGCAGGUCCAUUUCCUAUGCAGGGUGCUUGGCACAGCUCUACUUCUUCUUGACUUUUGGGGACAUGGACAUCUUUCUCCUGGCUGUAAUGGCCUAUGACCGCUAUGUGGCCAUUUGCCACCCACUCCACUAUAUGAUGAUCAUGAGCCUCCACCGCUGUGCCGUCCUGGUGGCCGCCUGCUGGACCCUCACGAGUCUUGUCGCCAUGACUCACACCUUCCUCAUAUCCCGGCUUUCCUUCUGCUCUAAGAUCAUUCCUGACUUCUUCUGCGAUUUGGGACCGCUGAUGAAGGUGUCUUGCUUUGACACCCAGGUCAAUGAGCUUGUGCUCCUCUUCCUAGGGGGAACAGUCAUUUUAAUCCCUUUUAUGCUCAUCCUGGUCUCUUAUAUCCGCAUUGUUUCAGCCAUCCUCAGGGCGCCCUCUGCCCAGGGAAGGUGCAAGGCCUUCUCUACCUGUGGCUCUCACCUCGUUGUUGUUGCUCUGUUCUUCGGGACGGUGAUCAGGGCGUAUCUGUGCCCCUCAUCCUCUUCCUCCAGCUCAGUAGAGGAGGAUACAGCGGCUGCUGUCAUGUACACAGUGGUGACUCCCCUGCUGAACCCCUUUAUUUAUAGCCUGCGGAACAAGGACAUGAAGGCUGCAGUGGUUAGACUUCUCAAGGGCAGAGUCUCCUUCUCACAGGGCCAGGGCCAGUGA